ACCGUUUAACACAAAAAAAAAAACAUGAAAAUGGAGAGCGUACAGAGAAGUUUAAGCUUGUUGGUACUUUGUUUCCUGAUCAUGGGAACAACAAUGUUAGUAAGUGGUCAGAGUGCAAACAACGUAAGAGCAACAUACAAUAACUACAACCCUCAGAACAUAAACUGGGAUUACAACAGAGCCAGUGUUUACUGUGCUACCUGGGAUGCUAACCAGCCUUUGUCAUGGCGUAGCAAAUACGGUUGGACCGCCUUUUGUGGACCCGUCGGGCCUACAGGAAGAGAUUCUUGCGGCAAAUGCUUAAGGGUGACAAAUAUUGCAACUGGUGCUCAGACAACAGUGAGAAUAGUGGAUCAGUGUCAUAAUGGUGGACUGGAUUUGGAUGUGAAUGUGUUCAAUCAAAUUGAUACCAAUAAGCAGGGUUACCAGCAGGGUCACCUUCAAGUUAACUAUGUCUUUGUUAAUUGCUAAUAUGAAUGUAUCACUCUGUGUGAUCAGAAGCUGUAACUACAGCCUAAUAAUGGCAUAAAUAAAACAAGCGUGGAUGAAUCUAUUACUGUACACGUUAAUAAUUUCGUAUUUCA